CCAAGUCGCACGUCCUGCUAUGGGAGAACGUACAGGGACUCAGGACACCAUCCGCGCCAAGACCAUGACUGCUCGUCCUUCUGUCCGCGCUCCACUGGUUGCGCGCAAACAGAGUAGCAAAGGCGGGGAGUCCUCCGCUAGCGAAGCUAUCAUCCAGGAGGACGAUAAAAGCGCCGUGAAGAAGCGGCUUGUAGAGACAAAACCGAGAUCGCGCCCAGGGACCGUCCGUCCCAUUACGACGAAAGUCGGGGAGAACAAGGUACCUCCCAGGAAGCUCCCUGCUACGGCUUCCAUUCCUCGUGGCCCCGUGCGCGCAGCGACCACCAACAAGCCUGCGCUUAAGCUGGCCACUGCGAGCAGCAGAGACUCGACGAAUCAGCCCCUUGGAGAGAAGGUAGUAGAGAAGGUGGUAGAAGAGGUACCUGCGGAUAUUAUUGACCCAAUUUUUGCAUAAAGCCCCGAAUUUUGUCUUGCAGCCGUGUCCAGGUUAUAGAUUGUCGUAUUAAUUUGCAUCACUGUUGCAUCUAUUCCAC